AUGGGUCUCGGAGGCCACCUCUCGAACCCCUCCGCAAUUCUAUCUCCAGAAUGGAGUCGAGCAAUUCGAAUCAUUGCUGUCGUCUCAUCUAGUUUCAGCGUGAUUGGUACACUGAUCACGAUAUAUUGGUUCUUUAUGAUGAGGAGAAACUUCAGAAGAAAUCUAAUCUUGUUUCUUGUUGUGGCCGACUUCUUAAAAUCACUAUGGUAUAUAAGUUUCUCAGGCGUGUCUCUGCGUCGUGGCUCUAUCGACACAAAUUCAUCAUUCUGUCAAGGGUUCGGCUUCUUGUUACAAGGGUCGACCAUGGCUUGCGACUAUGCCAUCUUCAUCAUGUCGUUACACAUGUACCUGCAAAUAUUUUGCACUGGUAGUAAACUUUUUGGCCACGAUGGUCUAUAUCGCUUUAGGCAUACUGUUAUGGCAGGAUGGUUCUUGUUCCCUUUCCUGUGUGCUGUUCUUGCCUUCGUCAGAGGACGCGAAGGUUACAUCGCACAGGGUCCCUUUUGCACCUUGCCGAUUCGCCCGUACUGGUACCGACUUGCACUGCAAUGGAUCCCGCGCUAUCUUAUCUGGCUUUACAUCAUGUUUGUGGCCAUCCGAAUCUAUUUACACGUAGGUCAAGGCUUCAAGAUUUUUGCCCGCGAGGACGGCAAGGAUUCGAGCACCGGAACAAACGGCUACGGGCCAGCAGAGAGUCUUGGGACCAUGCCUGGAGAAGGAAUGCCAGACCUGCGAGUAGCCAAAAAGAGAGGUGCAAGCGCAGGCGAACUUCAGGAUCUAUCUGGUUUCACGAACAACAACGUUUCCGAUCCGCCAGCUCCCGCCAGUAGCUCUAGUCAGGGCAGCCAGUCGACCUGGCCGACAUCUCUCAACUCUUCUUCUGAAGGAUUCAAAGUGUCUUCGGAUGGUCACUCAAGACGAAGCAGCCACGUCAUUAUGGUUGCGGACGGAACCAUCCAACACGAACUUUUGCAGGUGCCUCCGGAAUCAAAGCAGCAAAGACCAUCUGUCUCUACCAUUGCAACCUGGAGGACUUCCGCCGACAUGACUACUGCUGUUGGAACCCCUUCGGCCAAUCUCGCACCAAUUCAAGAAGGACACCAAUCGACAGGCGAUGACAAGAUCGACAUAGAAUCAGCCGACACCCCUCUCAAGAAGAGACGAAGAGCGAUUCAAAGGCAACUCCGCCUCCUUUUUAUCUAUCCCGUUACUUAUCUCAUGAUCUGGAUCAUUCCCUUUGUUUACCAUUCUUGCAACUACAGCGACAAAUAUGCCGCACAUCCCAUUCCUAUCCUGGCGCUGCUCUCAAAUUUUUGUGUAACUUUUGCUGGUACAGUCGAUUGCAUUGUGUUCGGUUGGAGAGAAAAGCCAUGGCAACACGUACCAGGAGCUGAUGGCACUUUCCUCGGCAGCUUCAUGUUCUGGACCUUCAACAACAGUAGAAGGAGAAAAUGGGCAACACCCGCACCAAAGCCACUUCCAUCAUUGGGCAGGGACGACGAAGAGGAAGUAGAAGCCGCUGAACCGACGGCGCAAACACGAAGAAAGUCAAGACGCUUCAGUGGAGCACCCAGAAAUUCUUCCAUCAAUGGAAACAAGCCCAUUGUUCCUAUGCACAAGAAGACCUUCUCUGGAACUUCUGAUCGGGCGACCAGGGCAGCAGAGCAAGCGGCCGAGAGACUCGCUAUGGAAAGAGCGGACCGCCAGAGUCGCUUUUCGACGCGCAACUCGUCUGUCAACCCGCCAAACGAAUGGUUUGAGCGAAGGCUCAGCGAAUGCGUCAGUCCGACGCGCGAGAACUCUCACUUUGAGCUGGCUACACCCAGUCCAACAGAAGAGGUAUAA